UCCCCAGAAACGUCAUCAAUCCGCGUCUUAUCAGGGAAACGUGGGAGAAGAGGAAGCGAAAAAAAACGAGCCCAUUCACACGUGAAUCAGUGUGAGCAUGGCGUCGAUUCAGGAACCAGAAGUCCAGCUAGCGCAGAAAUUAGCUUCUAACGAGAAACUCGUCCGGACUAAGGCUGUGAAGAAGCUGAGGAAAUAUAUAAAUGGCAGGUCUCAAAUCGCGACAGGUGGAUUCUCCGGGGAUGAGCUGCUCAAGCUGUGGAAGGGUCUGUUCUACUGCCUGUGGAUGCAAGACAAGCCACUGCUCCAGGAGGAGCUAUCCAACCAAAUUUCUGCACUGAUGCAUAGCUUCCAUGAUGUUGACGGACAGCUAUUGUAUUUGGAGAGCUUCCUGCUGACCUUCAAAAGAGAGUGGACUGGUAUCGACAGGCUGCGAAUGGACAAGUUCUUCCAGCUUGUUCGCUUCAUGAUCAAACAAACCUUUGAGAUGCUGAAGAGGAGAAACUGGGAGAGCAGUGCGGUUGCCAAGUUUCUGAAGCUGCUGACAAAACACCUCCUGCAAAGCAGCAGCGGGGCACCGAUCGGGUUGCAGCUCCAUGUCCUGGACCUUUACAUGAGCGAGCUGGCGGCUGUGGGCUCAGCAGAGCUCACGGCCGAUCAGAAUUUGAUAUUUAUCGAGCCAUUCUGCAAAACUGCUGCCAAGACCAAGGAUCGGUGUCUCUUCAGUGCCAUCUGCAACAGCCUCCUCAGCACUAUUAUUGACCAGGCCCCCUUCGCUAUUGAAGAUCUGAUGAAGGAGUUGAAAGCAGCUGAGGACUCUGACGCCGACUCAGGACAGGCUUCUGAAGACGACGACAACAAACUAAAUGAGAACUUAAGCAAACCGGUCGGGAGGAAAAGGCCACGGAAGCAGAUAAACGGUAAUGCAUCCAAUGACAGUGAUAGUGACGAUGCUGGGCUUCUUCAAGGGAAAGACUCAGACACAGAGGUGUCUUGCAAUAACUACAUUGGACAUGUCCUACAGUUUAACUAUGGCGCCCUGGCAGACCGUCUGUUUGAGCUGGCCAGUCGCAGAAGCACUCUCAGCCGGAACAGACAGAGACUCUACAAGAUUGUCAAAGUACUGCGUGAUCUGAAUGAAGGCAUCUUUCCUCAGGAUGAGUAUCCAGAGGAGGUCUCUACAGAUGAAGAUGACGACAUGUUCGGCAGCAGGAAGAGGAUGAAAAGAGUUGCAGGUCACACGGAGGGUAAAGAUGGGGGUGUGCCAGAAGCAAAGAAAGGGGGGCAAAAGGCAUCCACACCUGACAAACGGAGCAAGAAUUCUGUGAAAGAUGACAAUAAACCAGCUGACCUGACUGCAAAUAAAAAGAAAAGGAAGAAGAAAGCCAUGCAGGAUGGCGGUGCAGAACAAAUGCACACUGUAGCUCGAAGUACGAUUACAGAGACUGAAGGAAGCCUACCUUGUUCACAGAGAAAAAAAGCACAAACGCAAAGCUCUCUGAACUCUGUGACCGUGGCAGAGGGCCAGUCAGAAGCAGUGCUCCUCUCCGAAGGACCGACACGGCCCACAGUUAGCGCCAUAGAAAAAAACGGCCAACCGGGUGACUGCAACAACAGGCCUUGUCAGACUGCAGAGCCAGCGGAGGCGCAGCAGGCUCCUCUUGGAACAAAGCCAGACAUGUCCUCUGAACCCCAUGCUGUCUCAGGGAAAAAGAAGGGCCUGAAGGCGAUGUUACACAUGGAUGAGGUGGGGGCCAAACUGCACAUCAAUACUGAAGCAGAGAUCAUUCAAUGUGUAGAGUCUGCAGAAAAAAACAUUGCAACAAAACCUGAAACUGAUUGUACCACCCCUGCCAAGAGGAAGAGACGCCCAACAGCGAAGAACCUCAAGGAAGCCGAAGUGAACGCUGUGGGCACAUCAAUAUGUUGUCAAGUUUCAAAGGAAGAUGACUCUAACAUAGGACUUAAGACGCAAACUGAUUCUUUAACCCCAUGCAAUGACAGUAAAGGAAGUAACCCCCUCCCUGAGGCCCAGUUAGAGGAAGAGGAAAAACCCACCAAUGCUGGAGUUGGAUCCGUUGUUGAGGAAGCCUCACAAGAUACCACCACGGCGCCACUUCCAAAGAAGAAAAAGACAAAAAGCAAGCAGGAAGAUGCUUCCCAUGAUCCAAGCACUGUGCUCCGACUGAACAAGAAGAAAAAGCCCCAAAUGUCGAGGAAGACUGGAGAGGGACAUGCGGCUGCUGAGAAGUCUCCGUGUGACAUCACCGUGACAGCACCAGCAAAUAAUAAAAGAAAAGAGUUGCCGGUAGUUUGCAGUGAAGUUGCAAAGCCCACAUUGGCUGCAACUGAAGUGGUCUGUCCCUCUGGAAAACCACAGAAGAAAAGGAAGAUCCCUGUGGUCUUUGAGUACGAGGUGGACGAGUUGGAGGCGGCAUUGAUCAAUGGGGUCGCAGAUGAUGACUCAGUUACCAAGAAGUCUGAACCAGACUGCGGCAUUGGAGAGUCAUCCACUCCUAUUCGCACUAAGAAGUCACAGAAGACUUCUUCAGACUUCUGCACUUUUCAGAGCAACAUCACAGUGCCAAUGCCAUUGUUCUUCAAAACUAAGGGGAGCGCCAGCAAGAAGAAUCAAACUCCCAAAUCAGAAUCCAAGAAGGUGACCUUUGGUCUCAAGAAUAAUAAGACUGCUGAAACCAAAGUUUGGGGUCUUGAAGUCUCCUCCCACACCGCUCUCUGGCAGAAAGGUUCCGAAGGCCAACAGGAGGACCAGCAUGAAUACUCCAAAGAGUAUGCCGAAACGACGGCCCUCUGCAGCAGACUUCUUCUAACAGACGUAGUUGUUUCCUGAAUAGACUGAUUUCUACACCCUGUCCUUUGGAGAGCAAAGCGGUGGUGUUUCUAUUUGUACCCAAAAUCUGUUGCUCGUUGGCCUCACUGAGUUAACAUUUGAAUAGUUAGUUGCUCCUUACAGUUCUUCCAAAUUAAUCAACUUUUCAGUUAAUGUAAUUGAGUUUGAUACAACGCAAAAUAAAUUAUAUUUUGGGAAGAAAUUGUCCUUUUUUUUAAGUAGAGGAAAUUGAUUUAUCAUAUCACGAAGAGUUCAUGUGAACCGCAUGCAAGAAUCAAAUUUGAAAUGGGCUGCUGGCAGGUGCACCUACUGUCUCAAAUCCCAUCUGCACAGAAACUGGUGGGCAAAACAAAUUUAACAAAGAAUGGCUGUGGAUCUCUUUUCUGACCGUUUCUGUUGAUUAAUUGCAAACUGUCCCGUUGGUUUUCAGACCAAUUAGUUUUGGGCUGUCAGUUCAGAGACUUUGGUUAAUCCAUAGUAAUGGUGGGGGUGUUUCCAGUCACUGCCCAAUCUGGUGGGAGAUGACCUGUAGUUGGAUGCUGAAGGUCUGGGCUUGGGCUGUGUGGGACCAGGGCAGUGGUUUGUAAUGGGGACAGUGGAGGAGGACGCGAAGGGUGGAUCAUGGCUGGAGAGUUGGAGGAACAACACACAUCUCUUGUAUAUCACUCCAUCUGAUUCUCAUAAAUGUAAUAAUCAGAAUUAAUCCAAUCUCACAUAUCAGUCACUUUUACUUGUCCAUCUCUUACUCCCUCUCCUCCUUACAUGAAACCAUAUUCUUUCCAUCAGCAGAUCUGUGAUGGAAAGUGUAAUGUCUAUUUGGUCUAAUUUCUUCGGUGGGAAUAAAGGGAGACAUGUCUCUAAAAAAUACAAAUUAACAUGUAAACCUUUGAAUUUUGUGAAUCGCCUAAAAUAAAACAGCCCUCUAAAUCAAAAUCUAUUUUCUUUCCUAUAUCCAGCUUUUAAUGGAGUAACUAAACCACGUGGAAAUUAUCUACCAAAAUGGGUAGAACGUAAAAUGAAGCUCAACAGUAGGAUUGGCUGAAACCCCUCCCCAAA